AUGUCGGCGACCGGCGCGGUGGCGCUGCUCCGCACGGGCGCGGCCCUCUACGAGGCCGGCGAGUUGCCGCGCGCGCGGGAGCUCGCGGAGGCGGCGCUGCACGCCGCCGAGCCGCGCGACGACGCCUCCUUCGCCGAUGCGCUGCUGCUCCUCUCGAACAUUUACUGCGCCGCGGGGGACUUUGCGGAGGCGGAGCGGCUCGUCACGACGUGCUGCUGCUUCGUGGAGGAGCGCCUCGGCACCGCCCACCUCGGCGCCGCCACGGCGCGGCUGAACAGGGCGAUUAUUCUGCUGGAGCGCUACCGCCUGCGGGGCGGCGACGCGGCGGCGGCGGUGGGGCGCGCAUACGACCUUCUGCAGGCGGCGGAGCGGCGGCUGGAGGACGACGUCGGGGGCGCGGCGCGGCUGCUGCUCGCGGAGGUGCUGCACAACAGCGGCGUCUGCUGCGAGCUCGUCGGGCGCUACACCGACGCCCUCACGGCGUACAUGCGCUCCAUGCAGAUACGCGUGCGCUACAAGGACGCGGUCGGUGUGACCGACAUGAAGCUCGCCCUCACGAUGGAGCACGUGGCGAUGUUGUACCGCUUGAUGGGCGGGGCGAAGCUGCCGGGGGCGCUGCGGCUGAUGGAGGUGGUGGCGGCAACGCGGCGGCGCCACAUUGGCCCGCGGCACCCGCUCUACGCCUCGGCCCUGCUCUCGCAGGGGGUGAUCGCGGCGGAGUUGGGCCACCAGCGCCGCGCCGCGGCGUUGCUGCGGAGCGCGUUGGAAAUACGCACGCGGUUGUACGGCGCCGAUGACCCACAGACGCGCUGCGUGGCGCAGCUGCUUGCGGAGACGGCGUAG